CUGUCACACCAACCGCCUCCCCACGGAGUUGUUACGGCGUUGUUAAAAUUUGAAAAUAGCCGUGGAAUCGCAAUGAAACUGCACAAAUUUCUGUCAAAUUUUCAGAAUGUGAAGAUGUCACGGAGUCCUUACGGCGACUGGCGCGUUUCUACGGCGUUCUCGCAGCGAGCUACUGCGAUCCCACGGAGAUCUCUAAGCGAUUUAUUGCGCUUCCACGGCGUCUUCCCGACGUUUUUACGGCGUUCAAGGAGUUGUCACCUCGCGUGCACGGCGUUCUCAAGGCGCGUGUUCGGCGUUCACAAUACGUUCUUCACCUUGCUAUAUAAACAAAAGCAAUACAAGCAUCGUCAUUCAGUUGCCUUUCACCAUGACAAGGAAAAGGAAAACGAAAUCUAAAAGAAGGACAAAAAAUAGUCCUCGGACAUUGGAUUCAAAUCCUACAGAUUUAGAACCAAAGCAAAAUCCAAUGCCAACAAAUUUGAAUCAAGAAUCACACUGUCAACCUCAUCCAGAGCGCGAGAAAUCACCUUGUUCGAUUUCCUCUAGAGCAAGCAGUCCAUCAAACCCUUCAACCUCAGACAGUCUUCCAAUACAGUCACAGAAAAGAUCUAAGACUAAUCUCACCGAUGAACAAGAGGAUGAAAUGGCUUCUUGGCUUGAGGCAAACGAAAUUUUGUACAACAAAAAGCUGAAUGCCUACAAGGAUUUCAAAAAGAAAGACUCUCUUUGGGAAUCCAAAGCAGCUAGCCUUGGCAAGGACGUUAAAACUUUGAAGACCUGGUACCGGUCCAUCCGUACCCGGUAUACCCGCCUCUUACAUAGAAAAUCUGGUGAUGGUGCAAGUGAGCUAACAGAAAGAGACCGCUGGAUCCUUCAAAAUUUUGCCUGGCUGAAGGUUCAUAUCUUUGAAAUCAAGAAGAAAACUACAGUCAGUAUGAAAGAGAAGAUAGCUUCCACUAAAUCCACAGAGGAUGAUAGUAAUUUAGAGAAAGAAUUUGAAACAGAAACAGAAACUGACACUAUCUCUCAUCAACAGCUGGAGCCUUCAUCAUCAGUAUCGUCCAGAAAGAAAGCCAUUCAAGAGGAAGAUAGAUUGCUCAGCAAUAUUGUGAACAGUCCAUGGCUUUCCAGACGAAAGUAUUGGAGAUGCUGGCUCCUCCAAAGGCUACGGAGAGAACGGCAUUUGCUGACUGGACAAAGGAAGUAA